AUGUUCCACAAGGCUGGGGGCCUCUGGGCCGCGGGCCUGGAGCUCGCCGUCUGGAACCUGGGCACCGGCUGCCUGCUGAACCUGGGGCUUUGCUUCACCGGGGCGGCGCGGGCGUCGUUCCUCACGCAGCUGUCGGUGGUCAUCACGCCCCUCCUCCUGCGCUUCUCCGGACAG